AUGUCAAUUCUCAGAAUCAACAUCUUACUCAGAAUCAACGUCUUACGCCGUGAGGCGACUCAGGCGAGUGCCCAGCGCCAGCAUCUUCGAAUACAAUAUGACAAGAUGUAUCUUGCGAGAGGAGUUGCAUCUCUUUUCAAUAUGGCAGCAGUAGAAGUUGACAGCCAAUGCCGCUAUCAUGAAACGUCCGCAGCUUAUGUGCUGCCAAAAGCAAACGACAUCAUUGAGCAGGAUCGACUUGAUGCUCAAGCGGCUGCUAUUGUCGAAAUGAUUGGCGGCUUUCCUCUCUUGGCUUCAUUGCGAACAUUAGACAACAUCUCUAAGGCGGUUGAUGUGGGUUGUGGUACUGGUGUCGCAACAAUCCAGAUUGCCACAGUGUUGCCAUCUGCUACGAUCUAUGGCCUCGACCUAACUCCAGUCCCAGAAGCGUUAAAGAAAAUAGUGCCAGGGAACAUUGUUUGGGCUCAAGGAAAUGCAUUGGAUGUUGACUAUAAUCAGCCUGGUAGUGAUGUCAUGAGCCGCGAGAUAUUCAACCCCGGAGAGCUGGAUUACAUCUUCGGCCGCAUGCUUUUCUUGGGGAUUAACAAUUGGCCAAAGUAUUUCUCAAUCACCUCAAACGCAAUGAGAUCUGGUGGCAUAAUUGAACACCAGGAUUUGGACUGGAAGUUUUACCGCGUUGGAACGUCAGAAUGCGUAAGUGAUGACUGGGAAUGGCACAAGGCCAUCGUCUCUGGUGCCAAACAAUCUGGCUUGUCAACAACUUCGGGCUCGGAUGCAGCACCGCUUAUGAAAUCUUCUGGUUUGGAGGUCUUAAGCGUUCAAACUUUCGAGUUCUCGUUCGUUCCUUCGAGCAAAACGCCUAAAAGCCAAGCAAUGGGGAGGUAUGUCCAAGCCAAAUUGGUACCACAGUACCCAGAAUUACUUCGCAAAAUGCUAGGGGCUAAUGGCAUAACUGGGGAGAAAUUGGAGAAAUUGACAAAAGCAUGUCUUCAUGAUAUCACUUCCGAGGAGGGAGUGCACCAGAAGUAUACCGUCACCAUUGCAAGAAAACCAUAG